AUGGCAAUUAAAUGCCGCCUCGAACAAAAUGUGACAGCACAGUUCGCCAUCGAGUUAUGCGAAGGAGUAAAUGGAGCAGCUCGACCGCCGCCAGAGACGACUUCCAGCGCCGAUGUGAGGGAUCUUCUUUUCAUGCGAGGGAAUUCGAAUUCACGCAAACAGCACGGGUCCGAGAUCAAGGCUGGGAGCAUCCAUGUGGCGCCGCUUUUUGACCACACGGGACGGACCACCCCUCCAAUCGGCGCUGGGCUUAUUGUCGUUGAUGGAUAUUGCUCGUCGAAGUUUGCGCGUCGGUUAUUCAGGAAUAUGCAUGUGGGUGCAAGGGGUCUGUCUCUACGAAUAGUGGUUUUAGAUGCCUACGAGGGUCCAGGCCAUGCAGCCUGGUCAGCCUCUGACAUAACCCCGGCAGAAUGGACCGCUCCAGAUCGUCGUGUGUGCGCGCCACGUUUUCUGUGGAAGCACGAUCUCGUGGUGGCAUGGGGGUCAGAAGGAUUUCGAACUACGAAAACCCUCUUCUCGACAUCGACUAUCCUGUGA